GUUACAGAUGUUAAACCUUCUCGAAAAAGUCAAUAAAAUCGUGUUCAUCAAGGUUUUUAAUGGAAAAUAAUUAUGGUCCCGUUACAUGGUUAUGGAACAGGCCGGAGGCACCCGACGUCGUCGGGCACGCAGGCAACUGCCUUGCCUCUCGCUAAAUAAACAAAAAUCGAUCGAACGAAAACAGCGAUCGGUUUAAACUAAAAUACAAACAGUUCCGUAAAUAGAUGCUGCACGAAUCGGCGUGAGAGUGCGUGCGCGGUAUUUUUGAACAUACGAGAUAAAGACACGAUGCGGUGGUGCGCGCUGUUAGUGACUAUUCUCCUAGUGUUUUCGGUUAUUGGUGACGUAUUUUCGGACGGCACGUCUCUAAUCUCGUCCCAAACGGAUUUGGUCGAAGGAGAAGGAAAAUGCGAAGAAAUUACGAUACCAAUGUGUCUGGGCAUCGGUUACAACUUGACCCGGAUGCCCAACGAACUCAAUCACGAUAAUCAGGAAGAAGCUGGUCUAGAGGUUCAUCAAUUUUGGCCCCUGGUUGAGAUAAAAUGCUCCCCGGACUUGAGGUUUUUCCUCUGUUCAAUGUACACGCCCAUUUGUUUGAAAGAGUACAACAAACGUUUACCACCCUGUAGAGACUUGUGUCGGAGGGCUAGAGAGGGUUGCGAACCGUUAAUGCAACAGUACGGUUUCAAAUGGCCCGAUCGUAUGGAAUGCGAUCAGUUUCCGGUGUACGGCGGGGAGGAGCUAUGCAUGGACCAAAAUAAGAACGAAUCCGGUUCAGGAGGAGGUUUCCCAUCUUCAAAAUCGACGACGAGGCCCAAACACAACAAAAACAAUUGCAAGAAUUCAAAAAACUGCGCGGAUCCCCCAGGGGACAGAAGCAAGGCAAGAGGAAGAGAUUGCACUUGCCAGUGCCGCCACCCUCUAAUUCCUCUGGGGAGGGACUCGCCACAAUACAACCGAAGCGUCGCGGUGGGAGGUGUCGCGGACUGCGGGUAUCCGUGCCGGGAGACGUUCUUCAACACCGACGAAAAAGAGUUCGCAACCGUGUGGAUAACUCUGUGGUCGGGCCUGUGCGCCGCGUCCACCCUAAUGACACUCAUCACCUUCCUCAUCGAAACAGAACGUUUCAAAUAUCCUGAGAGGCCCAUCGUGUUCCUUUCAGCCUGCUAUUUCCUGGUCUCGAUCGGUUAUCUGGUUCGCGUCGGUAUCGGACACGAGAACAUCGCUUGCGAUGGGAAGGUCAUUCGGUAUUCUUCGACCGGUCCAAACACUUGCACCUUAGUGUUUCUUCUCGUAUACUUUUUUGGUAUGGCUUCGUCGGUAUGGUGGGUCAUUUUAUCACUGACCUGGUUCUUGGCAGCCGGUUUAAAAUGGGGUAACGAAGCUAUUGCCAGCUACGCUCAAUAUUUCCAUUUGGCGGCAUGGAUGAUCCCCACCAUACAAACAGUUGGUGUUCUACUGUCUGGAGCAGUCGAUGGUGAUCCCGUUUCUGGUAUUUGUUAUGUGGGAAAUAUGAACAUGGAGAAUUUGCGUACUUUCGUGUUGGCUCCGCUGCUUAUCUACCUGCUGUUGGGAACGAGUUUCCUUUUCGCCGGUCUCGUGUCCCUUUUCCGCAUACGUAACGUGAUCAAACGCCAAGGGGACGACAGUUCGAAAGCUGACAAACUGGAAAAACUGAUGAUCAGAAUUGGCAUCUUCAGCGUGCUGUACACAGUGCCUGCUACAAUAGUAAUCGGAUGUUAUUUGUACGAGAACGCUUUCCACGACGAAUGGCUGGCAUCGAUCGCAUGUCCGUGUUUGACGCCCAAUCGGACGCGUUUACGACCGUUAUAUUCUGUACUCAUGUUGAAAUACUUUAUGGCUCUGGCGGUCGGCAUCACUUCCGGAGUAUGGAUCUGGUCCGGGAAGACUCUCGACUCGUGGAGACGUCUCUGGAGGCGGUUGUUCGGUAAAUCGGAUCGAACUGGCGCGGCUGCAGUCCUUAUUAAAACGCGACCGGGUAAACCGCCCCCUCAGUACUUGGUUGCGGCUCCGGGAAGCGCCUCGUUACUCGGACCGACUGGAAGCAGCGUUGCGUCUGCCAGCCAGCACCAUUUGCACCAUCACGUGUUGAAACAACCACCUUUAAGUCACGUAUGACAAGCGGGCGAGGGGGCCACGCCCGUUGUCGUUACUCACCAAGGAGCCGGAUCUGGACCUUCUCUGAGUAACUACGGGCCCAUUUGAGUGACCGCCUUGGCCCCUCGCCACUCGGUCACAGCUCUCUAGUCUUACGGUGCCAUUUACGAUACAGUGACUUUUUUGCAAUCCUACUUACAUUGUGCGACGUUUUCAUGGACGCUUUCAUCUCUGAUUCAGCUACACCUACACACCCCUCACUCACAUACUACCCCUCGUGUUCGACUUAUUAUACUCUCGUUAGCUCGUUGACAGAAAAACGAAGAAAUGGAUGUUUAUUUUUCGGUUCUUAUUUUUUUUUUGGGUAAGAAUACAUAAUAAUUAUUUUUUGUUUUUCGACCUCUGCCUUCCUUAUUGGAGAUCUCGAUCACUAUCUUAGAAAACGAUUGUGAAACAAAAUAUACGUAAUAGAUGUAAUACGUGGAAAAAUAAAUUUAUUGAAUAAUAUAAAUCGAUGUGAUUUUGUACGUAAUAUAUUAUAUUAUAAUGAGAUAAGAGAGUGUGGCGCGUCGAAAUAUUCUGUCCUGUAAGGGGAGUCUUUCUUCUUGUAACAAUGAAAACAUCUUGAUUGAUUUUCAUUAUUUUAGAAAAAAUUUCAGGCAAACUUUCGGGGUUUAUAUCAAUUGGUCAUUUUAGAUGUGAUUUUUUAAUGAUUACCAAUUGAUUUCGUCUUCGAAAGCGUAUAACUUUUUAUUCAAUCGAGAUAUUUGAUUGUCUCAAAAUAAAAAACUCAUAGUAUUUACUGAAUACAUACAUAUAUGGAAAUGAUUUGUGCCAUAAGAUAAUACUUUAGAAAGGGCCUGGAUAUGAGAAAGGACUUCUUUGAUUUAACUGCAUCAAAUGCGUUUGUUUUCGUUUUCCAAUUUCGACGCCUCACCGCGCAUUUUAAUUCCUAACUAAAUCUGUAAAAAUAGCGAAUACCUAAAAUAUUAUUGUACGUCGUCGAUAUGUAUAAGAGUAAGUUAGAUUUAUGAUUUAUUUGAUCUAUUUAUUGCCUCAUAAAAAGCGACGUUCGUUAUCUUUUUGUAAGUACUUAUUUGUGUAUUUGUAUUAAAUUGAGCCACCGGUUUCAGAUUCUUUUUCUACAAACAGUUGUAAAUAAUAUUACGAUCAAUUAGCAGCUGCCAGCGAUAAAGUGUAUUUAAACAAGCUUUAUUACUAUUACUAUAUUAUUAUUAUUAUUAUUAUUAUUAUUGUUUACGAUACGACUGUUAUUACUGUACAUAUCGAAAUUUUGUACACAGAACUGACUUUUGUUUUUUUUUUUAACUUAUAAGAAUUUAUUUUUUAUUUUCACACACCUGUCGUUUCGGCCUCAUUGUGUAUAUCGUUCAAAAGUUUAUACGUAACAUUCUUGUAUAAAUAAAUAAAUAUAGGUUCAUAUCUGUAUGCUUCACUAUGUAUACGACUUUAAUUAUAUUUUAU